AUGAACGCGGCGCACGAGGCCCACUUGGUGGAGCGAGCGAUCGGUCGUACUCUGGAGGGAAAUACGGUGGGAAAAGGAGCUGAACGUCCCAGCGGGCUGGAAAUCGCAUUGACCAUCCUGUCACGGCGGACUGUUUCUCUGGUGCUGGGACGAACCCUCCUGUCCAACAGGACCCAAGAAUCUCCAUGUUCCAGCUGGCUGGUUCAGCUGACGGUGGCGGUGAAUGCGGCCGUCGGGACGGAUGUACGGAGGAUUUGUGUGAACGCGACACGGGAGAACAUUGAGACCCCCCGGUCAAAGCGCCACACGGACCAAAGUGUGGGACCGUUGGGCAACGAGGGAUAG